AUGUCUUUUGGUUUGCGCAGUGCUGCCCAGUCGUUUCUGCGCUUUAUUGAUGAGAUCUUGCGGGGCCUUCCAUUCGCUUACGCCUACAUCGACGACAUUCUCGUCGCAAGCUCUUCGGCAGAGGAACAUGCCUCGCAUUUACGCCUCAUAUUCGAUCGUUUCCAGCAACACGGUUUGCAAUUAAACGUUGACAGAUGCGUUUUUGGCAUUAAUUCUCUCGAUUUCCUUGGCCAUCACGUCGAUAAGCACGGAAUCACUCCACUUACAGAGGAGGUGCAAUGCAUCUUGUCUUUCCCUGUUCCCAACACACGCACUCAGCUGCGACGUUUCAUAGGCCUUAUCAACUAUUACAGACGUUUUAUUCCCCAUUGUGCGGCAAUCCUGGCUCCCUUGACUGAUCUUUUGAAGUCGAAAGCAAAACCUAUUGAACUUUCACCGGCAGCCCAUACAGCUUUUGAGGAAGCGAAGAAGGCUCUUUCCGAUGCAACUAUGCUGCACUCCUCAGCUCUGACGCUCAUUUUGACCACUGACGCUUCCAGCAGUGCUGUCGGCGCAGUCUUGCAUCAACAGGUGUAUAACCAGUUGCAGCCUUUAGCUUUCUUUUCACAGAAGCUACAACCGGCGCAAACUCGCUACAGUACUUUCUGUCGCGAGCUUCUUGUCAUCUACUUGGCCAUAGGUCACUUUCGACACCUUUAAGAGGGCAGAGACUUUUCUGUCCACACCGACCAUAAACCUCUCACCUACGUCCUCAAGGCCAAGCCAGAUUGCUACUCGCCUGGGGAAGUUCGUCACCUGGACUAUAUAUCGCAGUUUACUGCAGAUAUCCGCUACGUCCGAGGCAGCGACAAUGUCGUUGCUGAUGCAUUAUCCCGUCCGGACAUCAACACAUUCACAUGCGAUUUCGAGCUGGCGAAGCUUGCGGACCUCCAAACCGCAGACGAGUCCAUCGCGGACUUACGUACGUCUGCUACUCUGCAGCUUCGAGAUGCACCACUUCCUGCGUUUCCAGGUACGAUUAUGUGCGAUUGGUCCACAGGCACCCCUCGUCCUGUUGUUCCACUAUCCUAUCGUAAGGUCGUCUUUGACCACUUUCUCUCCUUCUCCCACCCAGGCAUUCGCGCCAGAAGAAAGUCAAUUGCGGCUCGUUUUGUUUGGCCGAAGAUGGAUUCCGACAUUGCUCUUCGGACCAAACAGUGUCUCGCAUGCCAGAAAAACAAGGUGCCUCGACACACCUUCUCCCCUCAAGGUAGCUUUGCGGUCCCGGACGUUCGAUUUAAUCACGUUCACUUGGAUUUAAUCGGACCGUUACCCCCUUCACGUGGGUACACACAUAUCCUGACGGCAGUUGACCGUUUCACACGAUGGCCGAUUGUCGUUCCUAUCUCGGAUACCUCGGCAGAAAAUAUCGCCAUUGUUUUUCUGACCCACUGGAUCUCAUCUUUUGGUGUUCCAGCCACCCUUACCACUCACCGCGGAAGUUAA